CACAGGCCGGCGCGUAGGGUUAACUACUUAGCCAUUUGAGCUCAUAUUAAAUGGGUGUGUAACCCAAACAGCUUUGUCUGCACCUAUCUUAUGUUUAUUUUCUCGUCAGUGUAAUCCAGACAUUUGGAUAAAUUCGCUAAACGGUAGAAUGGAGCUUCAGAAAAUCAUUCAUGAUGCACUGUACGACUUCGUCCAGUCACACAUACCGCAUGCAGAUCUGAGCACUCUAGACGAUGUGCUGCUUUCGUACAUCACUGGUGUGCUGGAAGAUCUGGGCUCUCAAACAAGCGUUGAGGAAAAUUUUGAUGUCGAGGUGUUUGUUGAGAUGCUGGAAGCUUAUAUUCCGGGAUUUUCUGAUAUUGACAGCGUUCAAGUCUGUGAAAUGAUGUUUAAUUUGGCCUCGAAGCUGGCCUCGGCACGGAACACAGAAUCGUUUGAGAUGAAAACGGGAGAGAUGAAUGGUCCCUUGACGGUCUCAGCCCACGGAGCCUCAGUACAGAAGACGCACAACCACUUAUCACAAGUAGAGGGAGCCACAGCAAAGAUGAACAUUUCUGAGUGGGAUAAACAGGAACAGCACCUUCUGGAGAUGUUUCCUAAGUGCAGUGUGACAGAAGCCAGAAGUGCAUUGUCUAUUGCUAAAGGAGACAUGGAGGAAGCUGUUCGACUCAUCAUUGAGGGAGAUGUUCAACUCAAUCACACCCCUCCUCCCAACGCAAACCAAGGAAAGAACGUCUCUGCCCAGGCGGAUGAUAAACUUAAAGCAAGCAUUUUGGAAAAAUAUAUGCUGGUAGAUAGCGAGGAAGAUAAGAAAAUUCACAGACCAGUCAUACCAAAAGAUGCCCCAAAGAAGCUGGUGCGUUAUCAUGGCAGCCAGGUGGUGACUACCAAGGGAGAGCGCUAUCAUCUAGUCAAGAAAGACGAAACGGAGGAUAUGAAAAAGACUUACGUUAGCCUCAAGCCAGCACGCAAAUACCGCUUUCAUUGAUAAUGAGCAUCCAGUGUCUGUACAGUUACAUAUCCGUUUGACACUUUAUUUCUUCAGACAUAAAAUUGUGUAUGAGUUGCUGUCAAAUUGUGGCUGUUUUUUUAUUAUUAUUAUUAUUAUUAUUGUUUUAAUUUUUUUUUAACUUCUGUGUACUGUUUCCUUUUUGGAUAGUAGUGAUUCAGACUACAUCCUAUUACAGCUGUACUGACUUCAGUGUUCUAUACAUUUUUUUAACCUGUUUUUUAAAGAGAAACUUUACAAACUUUGAAGUUGAAGGUUGAUACCAAUAUAGGUAUUUCAAAGUGUCAGUAAAAGAUGGUGCUCUAUGGCUGUUUUGUUGUACUUGGGUCUGUUACAGAAACAACCAUUUUAACAGUUACUCAUUUCUAAGUAUUUUAACUGCUAGGAUGUGAUUAGAGGUUGAUGCCCAAAUGCUCUCAAGUAUAAAAUAUUCACUCUUUAUUUUUUUAUGCAGAUGUAUAGAUUACCAAAAGAUAUCCAAACGUCAUUAUUACCAUGUAGCCAAGUUCUCUCAAGCUGGGCUCGAGUUAGAACGCACUGCAGCAUGAUUUCACAUUUCGUCUUAAAGAUGAACUCCAGUGUCAAAUUUCAUCUACCAGGUGUAAUGACAUUGUUAGAUUAACAAAUGAUGUGAAAUCGCCUACAUGCCUAAAUAUUAUUUGUAAAUUUGAUCAGUGUGUACAUUUGACUGUUUUUACUGUAACACACUAUCCUUUUAUCCUUUAUCCUAGUCUUUUUGUUCUGCUCAAACUUAAGUGGACACUGCUCAAAACAUUUUUCCAGUACCACCCCAUUUCACUGCUUAAAAAAGAAAAUUGUUAUUGAAAUCUGUGCCUAUGAUACUCAGCCAGAUGAAUAAUUUGGCAGUCGGACACUGUUAGUUGCUGUUAACAGGCUCUAUUUAACUGGUUUACGCUUUAUAUUCUCUGUAACUGGACUACAAUCUUACUUCAUUAGAGAAGGAUCACAAGGUCAGCCAAUAGCUAACAGGCUCGCUUAUACAUAUCCAGAGGCAUGCUUCAAGUUCAAACAUUUGCAUACAGUCAUGUUAUACUGCAGUAUACAAAGUAAAAGAUAUGUCUGUUACAAGCCACAAAUGUCUGUGCAUAAGCUAGAAUUGCCAUUAAAUGUGAAUAUUGACAAGUAGAUUGGUGCUACUGUAACAUGACAAACAUGAUGCGAUAGUGUAAAUUAGCAUUGUGCUAGUGGUGGUAACCAGAUAAACCAGAUAUUUAAAAGUACAAAAUCAUAAAGGAUUUUUAUGAAGGUGUCAAGCUGUACUGUAUCUCCACAUCCAUGGAAAAUUAGAAUGAUGGCCUACAUCAUUCAAGUAUUUGGCUCUGGAGUGCAUCUCUUAACUUUAUUUACACUGGUUAUAAUGUAUAUCGCACCAUACCUGGUUAUUUUAUUUGAUUUCAAUUAGUUAUUCUUCAUUAGAAGUAUUGUGUACUUUGGUGAUUACAGGUCUGCAUGGGAUUUGAUGAUGGAAAUGAUGUUCAUGUAACCCAUGUUCACUAUUCAUAGUUGUAUUGUUAUCUGUGUUUUACAUUUGUAACUUUGUUCAGGUAUCAUUUGUGCUUGUUAUACUCAAUUUGUGCAUUUUGGAGAGGUGAAGGCUGCUAAUACUGUCUGCUGAACUGUAAACUGAAAUCUGUACACGUCCAUAGGUUGGGACACCGAUGUCAAAAUGAUUUUUGUUGUAUACUUAUUUGGAGUAAAGUUGAAGAGAUUAAUGU